CCACUUUAGAGAUACCAUCACUGAUACCAGAGCAAGAGCGACACCAUGCUUCCGCUCGCGCUCCUCUCCGCCGCUCAAGGCAAGCCAAUGCUUGUCGAGCUCAAGAACGGCGUCACCUUCAACGGCCACCUCGUCGACUGCGACAACUUUAUGAACGUGACCCUCAAGGACGUGUACCAGACGAGCGCGGACGGCGAGCGCUUCUGGAAGAUGAAGGAGAUGUUUAUCAAGGGGAAUGUGAUCAAGUACUUCCGCAUAGCCGACGCCGUGCUCGACCAGGCAGCUGAGGAGCAGGAGAAGCAGCGCGCACUCGGACGGCAGCGGGGCGGCGCGCGCGGCGGCCGUGGAGGACCCCCUGGUCGUGGACGUGGAGGACCACCCCGCGGCGGACACGGCGGACAGCCCGGGCGCGGGCGCGGUGGCCCCGGAGGAGGCGGGCGCGGUGGCCGUGGUGGCGGACCGGGAGGCCCUGGACCACGACAGUAGGUCUGGGUGUAGAUGCAUGGCUGUA